UGGACAACGUCACAUCAGACGCGGGCACAGUUAACAUCAGCGGCCGGGUAUUUACCAGGAGUACAUCAUGCAGCGACGGAGGAAUUCUCUCACAAUUUUGUCUUGGAGAUCUCUGAAGGGCUUCACGACCUUGGUGGGUUCCAUUGGAAGCUGCUGUUCGCUUACUGCAUCGGGUGCCUCAUCGUUCUAAUAUGCAUCUGUAAGGGCAUCAAAUCCACCGGAAAGGUAGUAUAUUUUACGGCUACCUUCCCUUACGUGAUUCUCCUUGUACUGCUGGUGAAAGGUGUAACCUUGCCGGGAGCUGCCAAUGGCAUCAAAUUGUAUCUUUAUCCGAAAUGGGAGGCACUGCUCGAGUUCAAGGUCUGGGGUUUGGCCUUUGUCCAGAUAUUCUACUCACUUGGACCAGGCUGGGCUGGUAUGAUUACGAUGGCAUCCUACAACCGUUUUCACAACAAUAUGUUAUGGGAAUCUCUCCUGCUACCAAUCGCCAACUGUGCUACCAGUGUCUUCGCAGGCUUCGUCGUCUUCGCUGUCCUUGGAUAUAUGGCGGAGGUCGCUCAAGUUGACAUUCAAGACAUCGUUACCGGUGGUCCCGGUUUGGCAUUUAUGGCAUACCCUGAAGCGAUAACACACCUGGCGAUUUCUCCGCUGUGGAGUGUUCUCUUCUUCUUCAUGUUGUUCACGGUGUCGCUAGACAGUCAGUUUGUAGCCAUGGAAACGGUAAUCACUGCCUUUAGAGAUAUCCUGCCACCAAGGUUUCAGAAAAGACAGAUACUGCUAACUUUAGUAAUCUCCAGUUUAUCGUUUCUACUUGGACUGCCAUUAACAACACGAGGUGGCUCGUACAUCUUCAUGAUCAUAGACUGGUAUUGCAUAGGACUACCAGCUAUGUGUGUGUCUAUAGUCGAAGUGCUUGCGGUGGGAUGGAUUUAUGGUGCCGACAGACUGUUAGACGAGGUGACCCUAAUGGUAGGCAGGCCAGUGUUGGGAAGAUCCGUGCUUGCAAUUAUGUGGAAGUUCAUUGUACCAGCAGUUCUCCUUUUAAUCUUGGCCUUUACGUGUGUCACACACGAGCCUGUCACAUAUCUGAACUAUGACUAUCCUUGGUGGAGCAUAGCUGCUGCUUGGACGCUGACUGUAAUGAUGAUUCUCCUGAUUCCAAUGUACGCUGUCUAUUAUCUGACAAGCGUAGCCACAACUGGCUCCGUUGGGCAGGGCGGGUACUUGGAAUGA